CUGGCGGGGGCGGCACCCAGGCCCUCCUGGGAAGGUGGAACCCGCCCGCCCUAGGCGGUCCUCAGCUUCCUUAGUACCCCCUUUUUAAAAACCAACUCACUGGUCCCUUUUGGUCACUUGGAGCCCCUGAGAGAGUCAGCCUGCGGAGCGCUGUGCAAAUUGAUCCAUAACAACGACUCAAGAUGGGUCUUUAGAGAGGCCUUUGGGAUUUUAAUGAGUGACUCCUAGAUUUGUUCCUUGAAUCUUUCCUGGAGACUUCCAUCCAGGUCAAUGAUACCUGAAAAAAAGCAACAGGAUCUGCUCUCCCUAGCCUCCUCUUUAGCUGCCACCUCUCAACCUUUAAUCUAGAAUUUCUGUGCCAGCUGACUGAAGGGCAAGGUCUACAUCUGAUUCCUCCCUACACUUCUGUGGUACAGCGUCACUGCUCCUCACCUGUACGUCUCUGUUCCGGUUUACACUCCUACUGCCCGUCGACGAGAGCUCCUGUUAUCCAUCUUCCACACUAGUAUUAAGCACCCUGGUCUUUACUCCAUUAGAGGCCCUACAAUGGCUACAGAAGCGAGGACCCAACUGGCAGAGCAACAACGGACGAGGUGUGGUCCCAAAUGCCUUCCCUGCUGUGGAGAAGAACCAGGCUAGGCAGGGCUGAGCCGAAACCUGAGAAGAAGUCAGGGUGCGGGCUAAGAAGCCACGAGGACAGCAGGCCCCAGAAAGAACUGAUGAUCCCAGGGAUCGUGGAUUUGGAGCUGAUCCGAGAGGCACGGAGGCCCUCCAAGCCCCAAACCCCCGGUGCCUACCGCUUCGGCCGCCUCAGCCACCACUCCUUCUUCUCCCGGCACCAUCCCCACCCCCAGCACGUGACCCACAUCCAAGAUCUCACCGGGAAGCCUGUCUGUGUUGUCAGGGACGAGCCCUCUCUGGCCGCCUCACCUCAAGCCACACUCUCAUCCCGCUAUCUGAUCGAGGCCUGGAAGAAGGAGUUGAAAGACCUGGCUUCCCGGGUGGCCAUCUUCACCAAGGAGAAUGAGAUGAAGAACAAGGAGAGUCUCUGGCCGCUUUUUUCCCAGCAGAAGGAGGAGCCUCAGCGGGAACAGGGGGCAAAGUACUCAGCAGAGACUGGUAGGCUCAUCCCUGCUUCCACCCGGGCCACAGCUCGCCGCCACUCCCGCCAGGGUGUACGAAACGCCCCUGCAAGCAGAGAUGGAGGAGACCAGACCUUCAUCCUGCAGGAUCAGGAGUUGCUGAUCCUGGAGCUGCUUUCUCAAGUCCUGCAAACAGACUCAUUGAAUGCUAUCCAGUUCUGGCUACUCUACGCUCCCCCCAAGGAGAAAGACAUGGCGCUAGGGCUCCUGCAGACAGCAGUGGCUCAGCUCCUUCCCCAGCCUCUAGCCUCUAUCCCAGCAGACAAGCUCCUGAACCAGCUCCAGGAAAUUCAAGAGCCACUUCAAGAGAGGCAGCAGCGACCCUACAGCCAAUCCCCGAAGAAGACGAAGACACCACCUCUAUCAAAAAGCGAAAAACCAGAGAACAUCGGGAAAGCACAAGUUCUUCAGGUGCACUCCAGCCAGAACCCAGAAGAGAAGGCGGCAAAGCCAGAGGCAGAGGGCUGAGGAGUUCGCGCCACUUUGCCCACCUUGGUCAAGAAAAGCCCCUGCGUUCAAAGAUUCAGCCCCCACCUCCUCAACAGCGACACCGGUUUUCCUAUCACAUGGAGCCUAUUAAAAUACUGUCUUCCCCUUAAGAGGACAG